AUGCCUUUCACAGGAUCUCAAAUAACCAACGAAUCGUGGCGGCCCUGUCUCUUUGGCGCCGCUACUCCCAUCACACGCACGCCCAUUUCCAUUUUCAUCGCCCAAAGAGGAACAAGUUUUGUGUGUGUGGUGAUGGAAAACGCGGGGUUUGUUCCUUCUCAUGACACAAACACUUUCGACUGGAGCAACGCCACACUCGCUCAUUUUACCAAUGAUGCACCCAAUGCACUGUCCCAACAACUAAAUACUUCUUUUGGACUUGAACCCUUAAUCGACCCGAUCAUCCAACAGGGCCAUCUUCCCUUUGCGGAUCCAAUCAUCCAACAGGGUAGUCUUCCCUUUGCGGAUCCAAUGGUCCAAGAUCACUUCAUGCACAACAAUGGAGGAACAGGGAACUUUCCAGAGGGUCCAUCGUUGCCUGACCCUGAAAAUGAGAAUUUAGAGUUCAACGAAGUGUUACCACUUUCGCAUUGGCCCCAAUCACCAGCCCCAUUCUUUUGCAGUUGCUGUCAUGUUUUGAGAGAAAUAAUUCACACCAACGGUACAAAUUUUCAAAAACUUGAGAUUCAUGGAACGCUCGGCUUGAUUACCCAUGCAAUUCACCGUCAAAAUAUCACAGGGGCUGAUCCUAAUAGCGUUCAAUAUGAAAUGAUUGAUUUUUGCUACAGAAACUCAGAUGAAAUUAAGACUUUUUUAGUAAAUUACUGCGCACAGCAAGCUUCAUCGGGGUACAUUAUUGUGCAAGAUCCGUUGUCUACCUAUUAUGAGACCCUCUGCACUGGACUAGACUGGACUGAAGAUUUAAGUGAUGAAUGCAUCGAUUUGAAUCCAAAUAAUUCAGCAAAUGAGAUGGAGCAAGAGGCUGAGAAUGGAACGGGUACUAAAAUUUCCCUCGCGUCACAGAGGGAGAGAGCAAGGAGGAUGAAAUUGAGUGAUUUCAGCGAUUACUUUCAUCUACCAAUUGAGGAAGCAUCGAGACAAGUGAGUUUAUGCCCCACGGUGGUGAAGAAAAUUUGCCGCAGGGCAAAAUUAAAACGAUGGCCUUAUAGAAAGGUGAAAAGCAUUACAAAGGAGAUCGAAUUAUUGAGAAGAGCACUUGAGUCAGAAGAUGCAAUGUCAAGGGCAAGAACUCAAGAGGAUAUUAACAGACUUGUACAGCAAAUGAUUCGCCAUUGUGGUGGAGUUCUCCCAACCGCAAUAGAUAUCAACCCAUUGUAA